ACCACAAAUUAAAAAAAACGCCUGAACGAAAAAAAAAAAAAUAUGCAGAACAGGCCAACGGUGAAAUUUCGUUCGAGUAACUUUGUAUGCCACAAAAACUGAAGCGCUAUCUCACGCCGUGCGUGACUUCAAGUUGACGAUUCAGAAAUUGGCGAAGCGGGUGUUCUCUUUCGCGUAAUGCAUAUAUAAAUAUACAUAUAUACAUACUGUACAUAUAAGUAUAUUUCCCCUGCGAUGAUUUAAAACGCCCGCUAUGAUGCUACCUGUUUACGUACUUUGCAAUAAAGAUAACAGUUUUUUUUCCACCUUUUGGUUUCCGCGGUUGCUCGUGGCGCUCAUUUUCAUUGUGCUGCUUUUUUUAAUCCUAUAUUUUACUUAAUUUUCAAGAAAAUGUGGCCUCUACAUAUUUGAAACCACUUUGACAUUCCCCCCAUGCGCCAAGAAACGGAGAAUAAACAAAAAAAGCGAAAGAGGGAGAAGCCGAUCCAGUUUUGCAACAAAAUUGACGCUUUGUUGAUUGCGCAUUUGCAGAAAGAGGGGGGAAGGAACUUUCGGGAAAAAGCAGCCGUUUUGUUAGCUCGUACGUGCAUACUUAUAUGUUGUAUGUAUGUAUGUAUGUAUGUAUGUAUGCAUAUGUGCAUGUACGUGUAUGUGCUUUUCUUUUUUUUUGUCGUACGUUGCUUUUUUCCUUUUUUCCGUUUCCCUUUUUUUUCCUUUCUUAAAAAUUUGGUUUUAAUUCGCCAAAAUGAAGAGCAUUUUGGGCCACUUCCGCAUUUUGAGCAUACCUGUGGAGGACAACCCCCUUACAACCAUAAAUCUGCUCGUAGCCAACUGCAAAGACAUUUCAGAGCAUGACAACGCGCAGAGCGACGCGCUGUGCGCAGCGGCCCUGGACAACAUCGUGGGCGAGGAAGAUUUAAAGAGCUUUUUUUCCAAUUUUGGAAAAAUAAACUCCUUUACCGUUAUAGAGAAAAAACAUUUAUCGAAAAAUUUUAAAAAAUUUGCCUAUUGUGCGUAUGUAACAUACAGAGAAAAUAAUGUGGUUGAAAUUAUUUUGCAGUACUCCAUUCAUGUGGAUGAUUAUUUUAAAAGCAGUGUGCAAUCACCGUACUUUAUAAAUUUGGAAAAAAAAAAAUUCGCCUACUAUAUAAAAAAGUAUUAUGAAAAUUAUUAUGACUUAUAUAAUGAGAGGAAGAUAAUUAUUAACGAAAUUUCAAAGAUAAAUAAAGAAAAUAAUAAGGGGAAGAAAAAAUUAGGCCUUGUAGACGAGGAUGGAUUUACGGUCGUUCAAAGAGUUGCGGACAAACCAGAAUUCAUCAACUCUGUUUUCGUGCCAGCAAAUGAUAGGUUCAGUUAUUUAAAGAAGGAAAGGAAAAUGAAAAUUCAUGAGAACUUUUACCUUUUUCAAAAGAAGGAGAGCAUAAGAAACGCCAGCGAGCUUUUGGCGAAAAAGAAAAAUAAGCAAAAGAAGUUUUAAGGCAGAAAAUGUGGCACGCAGGAGGGAUGGGAACGACGAAUUUGCGUGAAGCCAUGUGAAGAUGGAAUGACGCCUUCGAAGGAAAAUAAAAAAGUUUGUGCAAAAUGCACCAACAUGAUUGCAACAAAUGUUGUAAAAACUGUGUCUAAUGGAACACUCAAUUGAGCUAACCAAAAAUGGAGGGAAAAAAGGACCACAUUUUAAAAAUACAUGCUAAGGUGUGAAAAACGCCCCAAUUUUUAUAACAUCGUUUGCACGCAAAAAAUGCAUUUGCCUUUUUUCGAUGAUAAGAUUAUAUGCCAUAAGGUGGCAAUCGGUUAUCGGUUAUUUUAUUUUAUUUUAUUUUUUUUUGUUAAUAAAACUUUCAAAAUUUUGUGUAUG